GCUCCUCAACGGGCCGGCGAGUGGGCGAGCGGGCCGGUUGCCAGAGGGCACGCUCUGAGUCAACGGCUUGUGCUUGACGCUUGGCUCCGCGCACUUGGGCAUUGAAGACGUUGGACGCUUGUCUCGGCCUGGGGAGCCGCUGCUGUGCAGGCACAGCAGGAGCUCUGUUCUGCUCUCGCUUCUUGCUCGCCUUUCUUGUCGACAGAUUUUUUGAACAGUUGGUUGGUUGGGAGGUUGGUUGUUCGGUCGGUUCGAUCGAGGAAGAGUGGACGUGCGACGCUUUUGAUUCUUGCAUUGUGAAUCUGUGCUCUGCCAAGCGCAAGUUGGGCUCUCUCUCCGCCUGACGAAUGGUGGUGCAGUUUAUGCGGUCGAGGCGGUGGUGUAAUUGUUGGUCGUGGACAGUUCAGUUCGGUCCUUCUUCAUGAGGCUGCACUUCUGGGAUCGUAGUGAUUUCUGUGAGAGCAGAGUUUUCUUUAUUACUUUCGGGGGCACGUCGGUGCAAGGUUGAUGCGAGGCGGGAGUCGUUGUUUUGCUUGAUUGUUUCCAGUGGCGAAGAAUGAGGUGCAUCAUUCCCAAUCGGCGCCUUGGCCUUGUGUGAAUCAUAUGCACUCAUGCGCCACCUUCCUCCGUGUCCGUGGGUCUCUCUCCCAGGGCAUAGAGGUUUCAAGGGACGAGCAGGACACACAGCCACUUUGGUCAACAGUAAAGUUUACGUCCUUGGAGGGCGCAAUGGCAACGAGUUUUACAACGAUUUCUGGCAGUAUGACAUUGAAUUAUCGAAAUGGACUUUGCUACAUAAACAUACGCCUUUCGAACCAAGGGCUUACCACACCGCCACAUUGAUGAGUGGUAAUCAGAUAUGGGUGAUCGGAGGGAGUGAUCACUCGAUUAUGUACGGAGAUGUUCACGUCUUUAACACCGAAACCUUGGAGUGGUCUAGUCCGGAGACGAGAGGUCACCUCGCAGGCAAGCUGAGAGGAACUCAUGCUGCACUCCCGCAUCCUGUGCACCCUAAAGCUAUUCUGGUUUAUGGCGGAUACGGUGGUGAUCAGUGGCUCGGCGACAUGUCCAUUCUCCGAACUGACAGUUUGGUGUGGGAGGAGUUGAAAUGUAAAGAUGGACUCGCUCCAAGUGGUAGAGGCUAUCACACUUUCACUGCGUUUGGAGACCAUAUUGUUCUCUUUGGCGGAAAAGGAGAAGGUGGCAUAGUUUCUUCUGAUGAAAUUAGUGUCUAUGAUGCCGCAGUGAAUGUUUGGACGACUCCGAGGGUGAAAGGAGUUCCUCCUCUUCCACGUUCCAAUCAUGCAGCUGCUCUGGUUGACGAUAAUGCAAUUGUAAUCCAUGGAGGACGCAAUGGUGGUCAACGGUUGGAUGACAUAUGUCUUCUCAAGAUUCUUUGUCCUCCACAGCCUGGCUGCGUCGAUUCUUUCGAAUGGGAAGUUAUUGGACAAGAUAAAGAGAAAGUUCCAAAGAAGAGUAAAGCCACUAAAGCUCUUGGGCCCGGUGGUCGUUCUGCGCAUACUAUAGUCGCAAAGGACGAAUCAUUGUAUUUGAUAGGCGGCUAUGGCGGCGGGGGUUUAACAUUCUCUGAUAUAUAUGUCAACCACCAAUUCAUACAACAAGCAGGAUCUCGUCCAAGGGUUAAUAAGAAAGCAGCACGACGGUCUCUGGACAGUGUUCCUGAUUCUCCAGAAGAUGAAGGUUGGCGAAGGACCAAACAACCUCGCAGAGCGUCUCAUCCCAUCGCAAAUGGUGCUCAUAGUGUCCCCAUUCACAUCUUGGAGUCGGAUGAUAUAUCGACUCCAGAUACUUCCUGUGAUCGUCCGGGUGUUACUGGAGUUGCGUUGGAAGAUUAUCACAGGCAAAAACGAACGGUCAAUGUUGCUCGACCUCAUGUUCAAAGCAACGUGGGUGCAGAUCAAAUGGCAAGGGCAGAGGCAUUGGGAAAUUUACAAGGAAGGACAGAGGCAAUUACAGCUCAUGAGAACGAAUUACAUCGAAAGGAAUUGGCAAGUAUGCAGCAGGUUGUGGACUCUCUCAGGGCGGAACUUCAUGGGAAGAAUCUUUUGGAAUCUGAAUUACGAUCCGGUAAAGCGGCUCUUGAGCAGAAUAUUCUAUUGCUUCGAAAGCAGAUAGAAGAAGGGAACCGUACAAUUAUGGAACAGCAAAGUAAAAUGGAGAAGUUGAAAUCUGAUGCGCAGGAUUUGGUCUUCCAGUUGGAUGAUAAAAAAAAAGAGGUUUUUGAAGUAACGCACAAGUUGAAAAUUUCAGAACUGAAGGUUGACGACCUAUCGAGGUCCCUGCAACAGAUGACCAAUUCAUGUUCAACAACCACUCAAGAACUCAACAUAUGCCAACAAAGAGUGGAACAAUUACAGAUUGAUGUUGAGAGAAAAAUUCAGGAAGUGCAACAGCUGAAUAAGUCUCACGAAUCUGAGAAGGUCGCUUUGAAAAAGGAAAUUGCGGAGAGGCGCAGUGUAGUUGAAAGACUAACAAACGAGCUCGAAGUUGCACAGACUUCGUCGCGAGCUCUCCAGGACACUGUGGAUAGAUUGGUGAAGCGAGCCGAACGUGAUUCAUCUAAGAUCGAUGACCUUCAAAAAGAACAAGGAGAACUGAAGAAUGACAUUACGGUGCUCACUUCAGAGCGAGAUCAGUUGAUAGCAAAAAAGGAUGGAGCAGAAGCAAGUGCAGAACUUGUCAGGGAAGAAUUGCGGGUUGCACGCAAUUUGGUUGAACGAAACGUAGUCGAGAUUGAUCGGUUGAAGGAUAAUGCAGACCAAGCAAAGGAGCACAUCGGAUGUCUUCAUGUCUCCGUGAAGAAGAACGAAGAAGAGCUGAAGGCACUGGCGGAAGAAAACUCCAAGCUAAGGUCGCUUUUGAAAGAAAUUGAAGACUUUGAGACUAAUCAGGCUCGCAAUCUCCAAAAGCAUGCUGAGAAACUUCGAUGUGCCAGACAGUUUGGACCUUCUUAACAUAUAAUUCUUUUCAUCAACCUUGUUACAAUAUAUAUUGUAAUUUAUAUAACCUAGACAUCAUUGGCAUAGCAUAAGAAGUUCCCUCUGCUCAAAGAGAUUGUUUGUGCAGUUGGCCACUUCAUGGUUCAAAGGUCUCGCUCUUGUGCAGAGCCGAGAUCUGGGAACCAACUUGUGAAUAUUUCUCUGUAGCGUUCGGACCAAGACCUUUAUUUGAGGUUCUUAAAUUUUUUGAACGAGAAUCUCAAAAAUUUCAGAGAUCAUUAAAGUUGUCAAGAUAGUUUUGGUGGUAGUUUAAAUUGAUAUGCUAUUUCAAAAAGAAACCCAGACUAUCAACAAUGCCUUAUCUGGAGAAUAAAUAGCCACUUUUUUGGUUACGAAUCGGUUA